UUUCAAAAUCUGUACUAUAAGAGAAAAAAUGUCUCAAACUUUAUUCCUAUUAUUUCAGACUAUGUGGACGAUAUAUUCAAAUGCCUGGUUGAAACACCUAGAGCUGAUCUUAAACAGUUGAGAAUAGAGCUGGAGGAGAGUGUGCCAGAACCUAUGCAUAGUAUGUUGGAWAAAGAAACAAAGGAAGAGGCAAUUAACAAGCAUCAAAACAGAAAAGGAAAAGAAACACAACUUGUCCCACCCACAUGUACAGAGGAACAAUUGCAAAACUUGACACAAGAAARAAAUGCUGCACGAAAUGACAGAAGAGCACCUCACUGCAGAAAAUGCGGGCAACCAAUGAAGGGCCAUGACAAAGAGGAAUGCAACCGUUUAUAUGACAAGUAGCAUAUGAAGUAAUCGUAAAAAAUCAUCACAAAAAUGUUGAACACAAUUGUGAAUUUGCUUAUGGAUGUCAGAUGGUAUAACAUAUUCUUGAAAGAUUUAUUACUCACUAUCUUACUAUUGUUCAUAGGAUUCGUUUUAGUUUCAGUUCAUUCAUCUGAUUGUUCUUCACUUUCUGACUCUUCGUUUGACACUACUUGUCCUUCGUCUUCUUUCCAGGAAGCCUCUAUAACUUCCAUCUUCAGAUGGAAAUGCUAUUCGUAUGCUAUUAUAAACACAACAGGGCAGAGGUAGUCUUUUUGAAUUGCCAGUGAAAUCCCAUAUGAAUCGAAAAAAUUGUCUGUAUGCAACAGAUUGAAGAAAUCUGAAAGAUGAAGGAGUAUUUAUUAAACAUUUUGAUUUUUUCAUWAUCAAUUCAAUUACGAUACAAAUUUCAAAAUAAUUAUAUACUAUGCUAGGUGUAUUAGCAUAUUGAAUGCAAGCAUAGGUAGACAGAGUACAAAAUCUAAGAAGUACUGGGCCAAAAAGUCUACUAGCUAUUAUUCAUUUUUAUAUAAUGCAUAUGCUGAAUGAAUUCAGUCCCAAUGAAAUAAUUGGUUCUGGGUAUGAUUCGUAUUAUAUUAUUUGGGCUUUUGCCAGCUAUUCUUAUUACUGUAUACAUAGCAUAACAAAAUAUUGGACAUUUUCUGUUAAUCCUGGAGCCUGAAGAGACCUCAGUAAAGCUCAAUCAAUACUUA